AUGCCUGCUAUUGACCUUUCUCUGGAUCGCAUACGGCUCCUCCAGGCUCAGCUUCCGCCUUACACCCGUCCAACCUGUCAUAUCGCCGGCACCAACGGCAAGGGAAGCGUCUCUGCCCUCCUGCACUCUAUCUUGCGUGCAUCAGGAUCCUCCGUGCCGCUCACGGUCGGCCGCUUCAACAGCCCCCACCUCGUGACCAUACGCGACUCUAUCAUCUUGAACGACGCUCCCGUCUCCCCGGCCGCCUACAACCAGGCCCGGAAUCACGUCGAAAACGUCGAUUCCUCACACGGCAUCGGCGCAAGUAACUUCGAGCUACUCACCUGUACUGCACUUUACCUCUUUGAGCGUGCCCGUGCCGAUGUCGUUGUCCUCGAAGUCGGCAUGGGCGGCCGCCUUGACGCGACUAACAUCGUCCCAGACGACUGCAUUCUGGCUUCUGCCCUCACUGCAGUGGAUCUUGACCACCAGGCCUUUCUAGGCACAAGCAUUUCCGCUAUCGCGCGCGAGAAGGCGUCUAUUGCGCGUCCGGGAAAGCCUUUCGUGCUCGGGCAGCAAAGUCACCCAGAAGUCGAGCCCGUCAUGCGCGAGGUAGUGGAACGCAUCGGAGGCGAUGUCCUGAUUGCUCCGGAAGUCGAAUUGCGAGGGUGGGACGAGAGUAUUGACGGACCAUACCCCGCCGCGACUGGAGAAUUCGUGCCGCCAGUCCCACAGCCUAUCGAAGCGCAUCUGUCGUGCUUCGCAGAACCCCUUCGGGCACUUCUACCCCUGCACGGCGCGCACCAGCUCGCGAACCUCAGCACCGCGCUUGGGGUAGUCUCCGCGCUACUUACGCAUCCCUCAAGUACGUGCCUGCGUGAGCACCUUCACAUAACUCCAGCUAGCAUCGCACAGGGCAUUCGCAACACAACUUGGACAGGCAGACUCUCCUUCCGCAAGGUGACGCUCGCGCCUCCCUCAGGGCUUUCCUGCCUCGUUCUCGCCGACGGCGCACACAACCCCGCUUCCGCGCACACGCUCGCUGCAUAUCUCUCGCCGCACCUUGCCCGCACGCCUGCGCCUGCCAUUACAUUUCUUCUCGCGCUCUCUCACUCUCCGCCAAAGAGGCCCCACGAGACGCUCGCACCGCUACUCGGGCUCUCAAUUCCCCGCCUCGCGGUCGCCCUUCUGCCGUUCUCGCCGCCGGAAAAGAUGCCCUGGGUGCAUCCUGAACCGUUUGCCGAGCUGCGCGCUACGGUGAACGAGCUCGCACCGCAAGCAGAGGUGUACGAGCCCGACGCGCGCGCGAUGCCCCAGGCUCAGCUCUCCGAGGCGCUGACCUGGGCCGCGCAGCGGCAGCAGCGCGAGGGAGGGCUCAUCGUCGUCGCCGGAAGUUUGUACCUCGUUGGGGACUUCUACCGGUUGUUGGAGGGAAUUCAGGCCGCUGGAUGA